GCACUAUUUAUUAUGCCUUGGAAACGUAUCGAUAUGAACUAAGGUGCCUUUUUUCAAGUGGAUUCUUACCAUGCCCUUUUCUGAAAAGAGAUUUGGUGCAUUCUAGCGUCUAUUAAUUAGGGAUUGGCCCCUCUUCUUGUGAUUUGUCAGGACCAUGGUCGUCAGGACUCCGGCUUUAGCUACUUUUUUGUUUUUGAACACUUGAACACAGAUACCUUCGCUUACAUCCGGAAAUUCCGUUCCCUUGUCGUCAAGGGUCAAGGAUUGAGUUUCAUUCGGGUCGAAAGCAAUCGUCAAGCCUGAAUGUCAUUUGUUUUGUGGCAGUCAGAAAACGAAGAUAUUUUCGUGUUUAAAAAAACUGAAGCGUCGACUGACGUAAUAAAAUAUAACGAUCACGAUCCACCAAAUACAGAAGUGACUUCAAGUUGAGUAAGUUUUUUUCAUGCACGAUUUUUUCUUUGUUCUUAUUGGGAAAAUGCUUGUAAGUUUAUAUGCGAUAUUUCAUGUCAAAUCGGUGGACUUUUUCUCUGACCCUCGCCAAUUCGGUUAAUUAAUUUUGUUUACACCAUUAAAUAGAGUCCAAAAAACCCCCUGAAAUUUUUUUAGUGUUUUUUUUUCUGGGCAGUCCUCGUUGAAGAAGUUGAAAUGUUCGAUUAAAAAAACGUUGGAAAUAUAUAGUUACUCGUCCAUGUUAAAAACAAUUGGAUUGUGAGAGUAAAAACAAGUUGACGUCACUAUAAUGGCGUCUAUGAAUGAAAGAGUCACGGUGAUCCAACAGUUGCAUAAGUGCGAGAAAAUAAACUGAAAAGCUUAUAACAGGAUUUUUACCAACCGGAAACCGAUAGAUCAUCUUAAAUCCAUUAUAAAUGAACGUAUGUGAUAAAUUUGUGGUUAAUAAAUUCGUUUAUUGAAGUUUGCUAUAAAAGUGUUUACAUCUUUCAAGUGCUCUGGAGUAUAGUAAAUAUUGAUUGCUGCAAUCAAAUUCUAUUUGCGUUACUCUUUUGCAGUUUGUAUCCUGGUGAAAAUGGCGAAUAAUAUUCAAUGGCAAGAAAGAAUCGGUGAUGGAUGCCAUGUUACAGAAUUCGAAUGGAUCUUGUCCAAUUGGUCUUUGCUUUUUGAUGCAAAAUAUAAGAAUGGAUUUCAAUCUGGUGCUUUUAAACUCAAUGGUACAGACGGAUAUACUUGUACGCUUUUAAUCCGUUCAACCUCGCCUCAUUUAACAAUGACUUUUUCAUGUACUGAAAAUAUUCUAGCUAUAGGGGUGAAUGGCCAAAUGAAUAAAACAAGCCCCUGCAAGUAUGUUUAUUCUGCACCAUAUGAAAAAAAUUCUUUCCCUAUAUUGUUCAACCGUCAAAGUAGUUACAAUACGCACUAUAUGUCACAACUUGAUGGAGAUGAGCAUGAUACUUACAUUGUGUCCCUGAAGAUAUCAAUAGUAAGACCUAUCGACGUUAUCCCCAUAAUAACCGAUAAAAAAGACAACACCAACAGUGGAAACAGUGUUGAUUCUUCAACACAUAUUUUAGCCAAUCUUAAAGGACUAUUGGUCAGCAAAUCAUUUUCCGACAUAACUUUGGUGCUGAGAGAUCAAAAAUACUCUGCUCACAAAACAAUUCUUGCAGCUCAAAGCAAAGUUUUCGAAAGAACGUUUGCAACUGCUAUGAAAGAACAAAAAGAGAACUGUGUCAAAGUCAUCGAUACAGAUGAAGAAGUAUUUGCAAAAUUUCUCAACUAUUUAUACACCGGAGAAUUGACUGAUUUAAAGAAAAAUGUUGAAAAAAUGAUCGUGGUGGCAGAUUAUUAUCAGAUUGAUCAUUUGAAAACCAUUUGUGAAAAUCUUAUGAUGGCAAACCUUUGUGAGAAAAACAUUGUACAAUAUGUUAUAAUCGCAAAUGAAUUGAACUGCAGUAAACUGGAAAAAAAAGCUCUCACGUUGAUAGAAAAUAAUCGAAUAAUACUUAAAACAGUGUUUGAGGAAAAUCAUGAAACGUUGUCGCGUUUGAAACAAAUUUUGACAAAAAAUUCGAUAGAAAAGUAAAUCCGUUGAGGAAAAUGACAAAAGAAUUUUUCAGACUUUAAUAAUCUCGACAAUGAAAGACUUGUUAUAUCAACCUUCGUUAUCAAGGCUUCACCGACUGUUUUGAUUUUUGGAUAAGCACCAUCUUAAUACAAAGUCAAUUUUUAUUUUUUCAUACAUUAUUUUUGGCUUCUAGUGGUCAAUAUUACGCAUGGAAAGUACGCAAUAUUCAAUUCUCUUUCUGCUUUCCUAGAAAAUUGACACUAAUUUCAUUUUCUUGAUUUUUUUUUCAACACUUGUGAUCUUUGUCCAGAGAUAUAGCGUUUUCUUUUCCAUAUCGCUGAAUCUAACUGAAUGUCCAAUAAAAAGAAGUACUGUAUCCAUUUCAAUCAGACUUUGGCUGUAUUUAGUUUUAAGCAUACAAUAUAAUUUUAAGACGUAUUGAAACGAAAGCUUAUUUUUAAAGUUUGAUUUAAGCCGACAAAUACCAUAUUGCCUUGUGUCCUGAAUAAAUAAAAUCUCAUUUAAAAUUGUAACAAAGAAUCAUUUGUUGACUGUACAUAGACAUUUUUUGUUCAGCUCAAACUAAGUCACACAGCACAAAAUAAAAAGUAAUUCAAUAUUG